AUGUUGCCGAACGAUCAAAUCUCCCAGAUCACAGUGCCCGACGAGAAUGGCGAGGCCACUCUUAAGCCCACGAUUGGGGACUCCCAACAGUCCCAGGGGGUCACCCGAAUGGAAGCUGUCUAUCGCGAGGCCAAGUCGGACCGGAAGACAUUGUGGCUCAUCGGGGUAUCAGUGCUGGUCUGUGCUUGGGCCUACUCACUCGAUUCAUCUACCACGUCCUACUACUCGGUCGACGCCUCAUAUUUCAAACAACACAGCUCGGUCCUGUCCACGCUAUCAAUUGCAACGAGUAUCAUCAGUGCCGUGAGCAAACCCUUUAUCGCUAAGAUUUCCGACAUCACAUCUCGUCCGUACACAUACAUAUGGAUCCUGCUGUUUUAUGUCCUCGGGUAUAUUAUUGUUGCCACCUGUAGGACCAUCGGUGGCUACGUCGUUGGAGAAGUCUUGGUCGCCAUCGGAAGCUCCGGCCUUGACUUGACUAACGACAUCAUCGUUGCGGACUUGACGCCACUCGAAUGGCGCGGAUUUGCGAGUUCUAUGCUCUCCACACCAUUCAUUAUCAACACCUGGUUUGCCGGUAAGAUUGUGGAUGCCAUUGAUAGUAAAGGGCAGUGGCGCUGGGGAUACGGCAUGUUUGCCAUUAUCAUGCCCGUCGCCCUUGGGCCCGCCGUCGCUACGCUCAUCUACCUCGAUCGGAAAGCCAAACAAAAUAGGAUCGUGAACAUUGCCUCCUCUAACGCCGCUCGUCGAGCUGCUAGGCAUCUUGCUGAGAGGGAGGGUCCUGGCGUACCCCGUGGGGCGGCUUCAACACGGGCAGCUGAGUCUUCAGAACGUUGGACGCAGUCUGUCCGGCGCAUUCUGGAUGAAAUCGAUGCCUUUGGCCUGGUUCUGCUGGGGUUUGGCUGGUCACUCUUGCUAUUACCAUUUUCGCUCAAGACCUACGCCGAUGGUGGUUGGCGAAACCAAUCCCUCAUCGUCAUGAUGAUCGUUGGUGGCCUCCUUCUGAUCGCCUAUGUCAUCUAUGAGGUGAAAUGGGCCCGUGUACCGAGCGCUCCUCGCCGAUUGGUAUUUAAUAGGACUUUCACCAUGGCUAUCAUUAUCGAUAGCUUCUACAUGCUUGCUGGAAGUGUUCGCGGUCUCUACUGGGACUCAUAUGUCUACGUGGCUAAGCCCUGGAGCUAUCAGAACUGGGUCUACUACGGUAAUACCCUCACCCUUGCCCUCUGCAUCGCCGGACCUUUUGUCGGACUCCUUCAACGGUGGACACAUCGGUACAAAGCUAUCCAGAUAGCCGGUCUAGUGAUCAAAAUUAUUGGCAUGGGCAUCAUGUUGGAAGGCGAUAUGGCGACUGCCAACACGGGCGCCAUGGUGAUGGCGAUGAUCCUCGUCGGAUUCGGCGGCUCCAUGUCGGUUGUCGGAUCGCGCGUCGCGUCGCAAGCCUCCGUUCCGCACCAGGAUGUCGCCCUCGCUAUCUCACUGUUGGCCCUAUGGUCGAAGAUUGGUAGGGCUAUCGGAUCGGCGAUUGUGGCAGUGAUUUGGGCGGACCAGAUGCCCAAGCAGUUGCGAAAGUACCUGCCAUCUAAUGCCACGGAAGCCGAUGUGAAGAAGUUGUUUGGUAGUCCCACUUCCAUUCGGAAAUUAUACAGCUUUGACGAUCCGGUGCGAGUGGGAGCAGUACAGGCGUAUCGGCACGCGUUAUAUUAUUGCCUGGCCACGGCGUUGGGACUCGCCUUCAUCCCUCUUAUCGCAUCGCUGUUUCAGCACAAUUAUUUCUUGGGCAAGUCGCAAAAUGCAGUCACGAACGUCGGAAAUGAUGGGAUGCCCCUCGCAGAAACUUGUCGGUCGGAGCUACAGCCACCGAAGGAUAAGAAAGAGGCGUUUCUGCGUUUUUGGGCUGACCCUUUGUUCAACAUGCCUGCCAAACUUAUUGAUAGAUAUGAUCAUGUUCCGGUGACGAGGGAAGACCUCGAUUGGGCCGAACUUGUUACCCUUGACCUCAGUCAAUAUGACCAGCCUGGAGGAAAGGAAGUGCUUGUGAAGCAGUUGGAUCACGCUGUGCGGCACGUGGGCUUCUUUUAUGUAAAAAACUUCAACAUCAGCCAAGAAGAAAUCGACCAUCAAUUUGCCCUCGGUCGCGAGUUCUAUGCACUUCCUUUAGAAGAAAAGCUCAAAUACCACAGCGCCUCUGACCUUGAAAACGGCGAAUAUAACGGAUAUAGACCUGCCGGACACCGGGCCCUGGGAAAUGGAGUCAAAGACAAUGUACAGGUCUACAAUAUCCCAAAAUUCGACGGUUACCACCAGCGUCAGCAGCCACCUGUUCUCGGCGAUCAUCUGGAGGAAAUCGAAGCGUUUAGUCGGAAAUGCCACACAGAAGUCGUCGAGAAGCUCCUCCGUCUGUUCGCCAUUCUGCUUGACCUUCCUGAUGAAAGCCAGCUUGUCCGGGACCACCAAUACGAUGUGAAAGGCGAGGACCAUCUUCGGUACAUGCAUUACGCAGCACGCGGCGCCGAAGAGAAUAAAAGAGUCGGCAUUGCUGCAUUGCAGAUCCUCAAUUCUGAAGGGCAAUGGAAGUGGGUGCGUCCGCAGGAUGGCACCAUUACGGUCAACACCUGUGAUGCAUUGACUGCUCUUACGGGUGGUCUAAUCAAGUCCAGCAUUCAUCGCGUACAUGUCCCGCCAGCCGACCAAGCACACGUUGAUCGGUUGGGAGUAUUAUACUUUGCACGACCGAAUAACCACGUCGUGCUGGACCCGAUUCAAAACAGCCCUCUACUGAACCGACUGGGACUCACGCAGAAUGUCUUCACGGAACUGGGUCAACACUUGACAACGGAGCAAUGGGUGAAGGUGCGACAGACCCAGCAGCAACGACGCACAAAAGAUGCGAAGAUCUCUGAGGAUGGGAAGUACACUUAUCGGCCCAAGGACCUUGAGAUCAUCCCCGGUCUGCAUGCGACAGUAUACAAUUAG